AUGGCAACUCUCAGUCCUCACGUCAAGGCUGUCCGAAACCUUUACCGGCGGUCGCUGAAGCUUGCGCUUGACUGGGCCGUGCAGCGAAACCUCUGGCGCGGCCAAGCAGUAUAUAUCCGGUCACUCUUUGAUGCGAACAGAAAUAUCACAGAUCCAAGACAACAAAGAAUCCUCUUUAAUGAGACGGAAAAACUGCUACGGAAAUGGAAGCACCCCGACCCUUACAGACCACCAACUGCCCCAGGAGGCUCGAAAUAUGAACGAAAUCUACCAGCCCCAGACUUGCCGCCACCAUCGAGAGAGUUUGUCAAGAGGUUAUGA